GUCGCGGGUGGAGUGGAGCGGAGCGCGAGGAGCAGUUUCCAGCACGGGCCACCUCUGGAUAUCGCCUUGCAGUUGGCAUUUCGAUCUGGCCGUGCUCCAGAGAACAGCUUCUUCAGGUGUUUCGUGAGCCACGUCCUCACUGUCCAGCAGAGUGGGAGCCGAAGGCUGUUACCUGAUCAGAAGGACUGACCGGGCUCGCCGGGCGGUGGACAUCCCAGGCCCCUCCACCCGGGCCCCUGUGGACAGGGCGGGGCCGGGUGAGCAGGCAGCCGGGCUAUGGUUUGGUGCCUCAGUCUGGCCAUCCUCAGCCUGAUCAUCAGCCAGAGGGCUGACGGUCACGGGAAGCCUGAGGUGGUGUCGGUGGUGGGCCGGGCUGGGGAGAGCGCCGUGCUGGGCUGUGACUUGCUGCCCGCAGCUGGCCAGCCCCCGCUGCACGUCAUUGAGUGGCUGCACAUUCUCUUAUUUGAUAACCACCUGAGCGAUUUGCUGGGCGGCCCAGGGGUGCUGGGUUCCCUUUGUCGAGACCGGUCCCCACGGCUGACGCAGGAGCAACGAGAGGGGCUGACGAGGGACCUGCCCUCAGUACCCUCUGCGCCUCUCCAGACCCCCCUCCAUCAGGGGCGAGUCCGCCUGCAGAAGGGGGCAUCUCUCCAGAUCGAGGGGCUCCGGGUGGAAGACCAGGGCUGGUACGAAUGCCGCGUGCUCUUCCUGGACAGGCACAGCCCCGAAGACGAUUCUGCUAACGGCUCCUGGGUGCACCUCACAGUCAAUUCACCCCCUCAAUUCCUGGAGACACCUCCUCAGGUGCUGGAAGUUAAGGAACUGGAGCCCUUGACCUUGCGUUGUGUGGCCCAUGGCAGCCCCCAGCCUCAUGUGACUUGGAAGCUCCGAGGACAGGACCUCAGCCAGGGCCAGGGCCCGAUGCAGGUGCAGAAUGGGACGCUGUGGAUCCGGCGGGUGGAGCGAGGAAGCGCUGGGAUCUACACCUGCCAGGCCUCCAAUUCCGAGGGCAGCACCACCCACGCCACGCAGCUGCUUGUGCUAGGACCCCCAGUCAUCGCAGCACCCCCCAAGAACAGCACAGUCAAUGCCUCCCAGGAUAUCUCCUUGGCCUGCCGGGCCGAGGCGUACCCGGCCAACCUCACCUACAGCUGGUUCCAGGACAGCGUCAACGUCUUCCACAUUAGCCGCCUGCAGUCGCGCGUGCGGAUCCUGGUGGAUGGGAGCCUGUGGCUGCAGGCUGCCCAGCCUGAUGAUGCUGGCCGCUACACCUGUGUGCCCAGCAACGGCCUCCCGCACCCGCCUUCAGCCUCAGCCUACCUCACCGUCCUCCACCCAGCCCAGGUGACAGCGAUGCCUCCUGAGACACCCCUGCCCAUCGGCAUGCGAGGGGUGAUCCGGUGCCCAGUUCGUGCCAAUCCCCCGCUGCUCUUCGUCAGCUGGACCAAGGAUGGGCAGGCCCUGCAGCUGGACAAGCUCCCCGGCUGGUCCCAGGGCCCAGAAGGCUCGCUGGUCAUUGCCCUGGGGAAUGAGGAUGCUCUGGGAGAAUACGCCUGCACCCCUUACAAUAGCCUUGGCACGGCAGGGCCCUCCCCGGUGACCCGAGUGCUGCUCAAGGCCCCCCCAGCUUUUCUAGAACGUCCCAAAGAAGAAUAUUUCCAAGAAGUAGGGCGGGACCUGCUCAUCCCCUGCUCUGCGCGAGGAGACCCUCCUCCUACCGUCUCUUGGGCCAAGGUGGGCCGGGGGCUGCAGGGCCAGGCCCAGGUGGACAGCAACAGUAGCCUCAUCCUGCGACCGCUGACCAAGGAGGCCCAUGGGCGCUGGGAGUGCACCGCCAGCAAUGCCGUCGCCCGCGUGGCCACCUCCACGAACGUCUACGUGCUGGGCACCAGCCCCCAUGUUGUCACCAAUGUGUCCGUGGUGCCCUUGCCCAAGGGUGCCAAUGUCUCCUGGGAGCCUGGCUUCGAUGGUGGCUAUCUGCAGAGAUUCAGCGUCUGGUAUACCCCAUUGGCCAAGCGUUCCGACCGAGCCCACCACGACUGGCUGUCCCUGGCGGUGCCCAUGGGGGCCGCUCACCUCCUUGUGCCAGGGCUGAAGCCGCACACCCAGUACCAGUUCAGCGUCCUGGCUCAGAACAAGCUGGGCAGUGGGCCCUUCAGCGAGAUUGUCCUGUCUGUCCCCGAAGGCCUUCCUACCACACCAGCUGCCCCCACACUUCCUGUCACAGAGAUGCCACCGCCUCUGUCCGCACCCCGAGGUCUGGUGGCAGUGAGGACGCCCCGGGGGGUACUACUACAUUGGGAUCCCCCGGAAAUGGUCCCUCAGAGACUGGAUGGCUACAUCCUAGAGGGCCGCCAAGGCUCCCAGAGCUGGGAGGUGCUGGACAGGGCCGUGGCGGGCGCGGAAGUGCAGCUGCUGGUGCCUGGCCUCAUCAAGGAUGUUCUCUACGAGUUUCGCCUUGUGGCCUUGGCCGGUGGCUAUGUCAGCCGUCCCAGCAACUCGGCCAACGUCUCCACCUCUGGCCUGGAGGUCUACCCUUCCCGCACCCAGCUGCCAGGCCUCCUGCCAGCCCCCCUCAUGUGCCCCUAUCCUCUGCUCCUUUCCUGUACCCGGGGUAGGAGUUGUGAGAGGCGGAGCAGAGAUGGGAGGGAGGUGAGGAUGGGAUGCAGAGCCCAGCCUGGGGGUGGUCCAGGGUUGCUGUGCCUCCCUCCACCUCCGUGUGGGUCCUGGCUCACUUGCUUUCCUAGCUCUGCUCUGCUGUGUACCAAACCCCUCCAGGCCCAACCGUGGUUCCUGGGACGGGGACUGGCCCUCACCACAGGCCCUGAUCUGUCCUUCCCCAGCUCUGCUCCAGGCUCGGGCAGUCCUGACAGCGUGGCCAAGCUGAAGCUCCGGGGUUCCCCAGCCCCCAGCCUGCGCCAGAGCCUACUCUGCGGGGAGCCUGCUAGAACCCCCAGCUCCCCUCCAGACCCUCCACCGAGCCAGGGGCCCUUGCCCCUGGAGCCCAUUUGCCGGGGACCAGAUGGGCGCUUUGUGUUGGGACCCAACGUGGGGGCCCCCCAAGAAAGGUCAGGCCCUGAGCAGGCUGAACCUCGGACCCCAGCCCGGCACCAGGCCAGGUCCUAUGACUGCAGCAGCAGCAGCCCCACAGGGCUGCCCCAGCCCCUCUGCAUUACAGACAUCAGCCCUGUGGGGCCCUCUCCCGCCGCCCCGCCCAGUCCCCUGCCAGGAACCGGGCCCCUGCUCCAGUACCUGAGCCUGCCCUUCUUCAGGGAGAUGAAUGUGGACGGAGACUGGCCCCCUUUGGAGGAGCCUGCUUCUGCUGCACCCCCAGAUUACAGGGACAUCCGGCCCUGCCCGCCCUCCUCUCUCCUUCAGCCCCUGGACUCCCCUCCUGCCUCCCCACGGGCAGUGCUUCCCGGGGCUGUGGGCAGGGCUGGGGCUGCCCCGGAGGGCCCGUACACAGCGCUGGCCGACUGGACACUGAGGGAACGGCUGCUGUCGGGCCUUCUCCCUGCUGCCCCUCGGGGCAGCCUCACCAGCCAGAGCAGCGGGCGGGGCAGCGCCUCUUUCUUGCGGCCCCCCUCCACGGCCCCCUCCGCCGGAGGCAGCUACCUCAGCCCGGCUCCAGGAGACACCAGCAGCUGGGCCAGUGGCCCGGAGAGGUGGCCCCGGAGGGAGCAUGUGGUGACAGUCAGCAAGAGGAGGGACACAUCUGUGGACGAGAACUAUGAAUGGGACUCAGAAUUCCCUGGGGAUGUGGAAUUGCUGGAGACCCUGUACCUGGGCUUGGCUGGCCCUCGACCCGGACCUGAAGCUGAGCCCGAGCUAGGUGCCAAGACUCCAGAGGUGGGCUGCCCCCUGAGCGCCGCCCCGGCUCCUGGCCCCGAGGCCCGCUGCGCUGCCCUGCGGGAGGAAUUCCUGGCCUUCCGCCGCCGCCGAGAUGCCGCUAGGACCUGGCUCCCCGCCUAUCGACAGCCGGUCCCCCAUCCUGAACAGGCCACUCUGCUGUGAACACCCUCCUGUGAGGCAGCGUGAAGGCACAGGGACCCUGUGAAGGAGGCCCCAACCAGACCUAGCUCCGCCUGGGCAACUGCCCCUGCCCCUUGGAGGCCCAGGCACAGACCCUGAUGGUGGGCUGGGGUGGGCAUGGUGUGGGAUGGAUGUGCUGAGCCUGGGCACUAGGGCGGGGUCCUAGUUCUGCUGGAGGGUGUGUGUGUGUGUGUGUGUGUGUGUGUGUAUGUGGUGUGGGUGAGGUUUUAUACAGGUGAAUAAAGAAAGUCUGGAAAAUGUU